AUGUCAUAUGACAGGUAUGUGGCCAUAUGCAGGCCUCUGCAGUAUCCAAUCCUCAUGAGGAGAAAAAUCUGCUACAUCUUGUCAGUGGGUGUCUGGGUUUGGUCUUCUGUGCAGGCCUUGUGCUGUGCUGUUUAUGUCCUGCCUCUUCCCUACUGCAGGUCUAAUGUGAUUUACCAUAUUGCUUGUGAGUAUAUGGCCCUUAUGCAGCUUUCCUGCUCUGACACCUCGGCAUUUGAAAAGGCGACUUAUCUUGGAGAUUUCCUGGCAUUUCUCCUCCCCAUCACAGUCAUCCUUGCUUCCUACAUAGCCAUCCUCCUGCAAGUCCUGAGGGCUCGCUCCUCUGAGAGAAGCUACAAGGCUUUGGGCACCUGCUUGUCUCAUUUGUUUGUGGUGGGGCUCUUCUAUGGAGCAUCCAUAUUGACAUACAUGACACCUGUAUCCUCCUAUUCAGCACAAAAGGCCACAAUUAACUCAGUGUUCACCACCCUGUUCCCUGCCAUGAUGAACCCUUUCAUAUACAGCCUGAGGAAUCGGGACGUGUUAGGGGCACUGAGGAAACUUUUUACAAAAUAUGGGUUGCAAAAAUGA